AGCGUGAAUUUCACGGCGAGAAAUGGUAUUUCAUCCUGUUGGAGCCAAUUUGGGUCCCUAAAGGGAGUCUGGAGGGGAACGGCGUGAAGGCCGACAGAUUCGCGGUCUGUGACCAUCCCGACUUCCGGUUCAAACCCACGCCAUAUCGCGAGGAAGCUACGGCCAAACCAUCUAGCGCCAGCACGGCUGAAACUUCAUAUUUCAUCUCCAGUGAUGAGGGGGAAGGGGAGACCGAAGCGACGCCAUCAGCUGGCUCGGAAGAGGAGCAAGGUCAGGCUACAGUACUGAAGCUAGGACGACAAGAGGAAAUAUCUGCAUCAGGCGCUCUUCGUGAAGUCCACAUUUCAGGGAGGCGACGGUAA